UUCAGGUGCCGCAGACAUGGCCCAGUGCCUGCGUGUCCCUCUGCUGCUCCUGGCUGCCCUGGUCUUCAGCUUGGCCUCGACUCCCAUGGCCUUGAAGCACUCCAAGAACAGCCUUUUCUCAACGGAGGAACAGGAAGAUGCAGACAUCAGCGACAAGGAUAAGCAGAAUUUAGUGAACUUCGCCCUCCACGAGUACAACAAGGAAAACGGCGACUUGGAAUUCAGCCGCGUGGCGAAAGUACUGAGUACCCGUCAGCAGGUGGCAGAAGGCAUGAACUACUACUUGGACUUGAAGAUUGGCAAAACCAUGUGUGGAAAGAACCGGUCCAACAGUGGCCACUGUCCCUUUAGUAAACAGCCGAAGAAGAUCUGCUCCUUUGUCAUCUACUCCACACAACAUGGGGACUUCAAGGCCAUAAUGAAGUCCAGCUGUCAGGCUGCGAAGAGAGCCCAGCAGUCUAAGCACCUACAGGAGGCCACUCUCAAGUACUGGCUGGUGGGCUGUGCUCUGGGUGCUCAGUAUCUCUUCAUCCUCGUCAUAGAUUUGGGAUCUGGAUAG